AUGGAGGCGUCCCGAGGCCCUCCACGGGUCAAAAACAAGGCUCCCGCGCCGAUCCAGAUCUCAGCGGAGCAGCUGCUCCGCGAGGCCGUGGACCGGCAAGAGCCUGGCCUUCAGGCCCCGACACAGCGCUUCGCCGACCUUGAAGAGCUCCAUGAGUACCAGGGCCGCAAGCGCAAGGAAUUCGAGGACUAUGUGCGUCGAAACCGCAUUAACAUGAACAACUGGAUGCGCUAUGCAGCCUGGGAAUUGGAGCAGAAGGAAUUUCGGCGUGCGCGAUCAAUCUUCGAGCGCGCUCUGGAUGUCGACUCGACCUCCGUCGUCUUGUGGAUCCGGUAUAUUGAGGCUGAGAUGAAAACCCGCAACAUCAACCACGCACGUAAUCUUCUCGACCGCGCCGUGACGAUCCUUCCCCGUAUUGAUAAGCUGUGGUACAAAUAUGUUUACAUGGAGGAGACCCUCGGAAACAUCCCUGGUACUCGACAGGUGUUUGAGCGAUGGAUGUCAUGGGAGCCCGAAGAGGGAGCGUGGGGUGCCUACAUUAAGCUGGAGAAGCGUUAUAAUGAGUUUGACAGAGCGCGCGCAAUCUUCCAGCGCUUUACGAUUGUGCACCCCGAGCCAAAGAAUUGGAUCAAAUGGGCUCGUUUUGAAGAAGAGUAUGGAACCAGCGAUUUGGUUCGAGAGGUGUACGGUCUUGCGAUUGAGACACUGGGAGAGGACUUUAUGGAUGAGAAGCUCUUUGUGGCGUACGCUAAGUUCGAAGCUAAGCUGAAGGAGUUUGAGCGUGCUCGUGCGAUUUACAAAUAUGCCCUUGAUCGCCUGCCACGGUCAAAAUCCAUGGUCUUGCAUAAGGCAUACACUACCUUUGAGAAGCAGUUUGGUGAUCGUGAAGGUGUAGAGGAUGUCAUCUUGUCCAAGCGCCGGGUCCAAUAUGAGGAGCAGCUCAAGGAGAACGCCCGCAAUUACGACAUUUGGGUUGAUUUUGCACGACUCGAGGAAACGGCCGGCGAUCCUGAGCGAGUACGAGACGUCUACGAACGAGCAAUUGCACAGAUCCCUCCAUCACAAGAAAAGCGACACUGGCGCCGGUAUAUCUACCUCUGGAUCUUCUACGCCAUAUGGGAAGAAAUGGAAGCCAAGGAUACCGAGCGUGCGCGUCAGAUCUACCAGGAAUGCAUAAAGCUGAUCCCUCACAAAAAAUUCACAUUUGCCAAGGUCUGGUUGCUGAAAGCGCAAUUCGAGAUCCGACAGAUGGAGUUGCAAACAGCGCGGAAAACAUUAGGUAUGGCAAUUGGCGCUUGUCCCAAGGACAAGCUUUUCCGAGGCUACAUCGAAUUGGAGCGGCAACUUUUCGAGUUCGUCCGAUGCCGAACCUUGUACGAGAAGCAGAUCGAAUGGAACCCAGCCAACAGCCAAUCUUGGAUCCAGUAUGCCGAGCUUGAACGUGGGCUGGAUGACCAGGACCGGGCGCGGGCUCUCUACGAGCUGGGUAUUGACCAGCCGAUGCUGGAUAUGCCUGAACUGGUAUGGAAGUCCUACAUCGAAUUCGAGGAGGAAGAAGAAGAGUACGAGCGUGUUCGGGCGCUGUACGAGCGCCUCCUUUCGAAGACCGACCAUGUGAAGGUGUGGAUCAACUACGCUCGAUUCGAGGUCAACAUACCUGAGGAUGGGGAGGAGGAAGAGGAGGAGGAGGAACGACCUGUCAGCGACGAAGCCAAGCGCCGUGCUCGUGGCAUCUUCACUCGGGCGCACAAGGUGUUGAAGGACAAGGAUAUGAAGGAAGAGCGUGUGGAGUUACUCAAUGCUUGGCGUUCAUUCGAAAACACCUACGGCUCGCCGGAAGACAUCGAGAAGAUCGAGAAGCAGAUGCCGCGGCGGGUCAAGAAACGCCGCAAGUUGGAGGACGAUCGGUACGAGGAGUACAUGGACUACGUGUUCCCGGCGGACGACCAAUCAGCGGCGAAUCUCUCGCGGCUCCUCCAAAAGGCGCACCAGUGGAAACAAAGUGGCCAGGCGUAG